AUGGAGCCGGCCCCUGCUGCCCGCAGGUGUCUCGCUCGGAUCACAAGGCAGCAGCAACUGAGCACAGGGAGCAGUCACAGUCUGGCCAGCACACCGAAGGCCAAGACCAAGCCUCUUGACCUGCCCCAGAGAGCUCAGCUGAAUGCAGCUGUUUCUGACGCGCGGGAACUAUACGAAGUUCAAACGCAGGGCCGGGAGGUGCAGUGCUCCGCACCAGUCGCUGAGCAGCUGUCUGUGGCCGGAGGCCACGUGGCCACUGAACGCCCGAGGCCUCACUCUCCGACCUUCACCGUGAAACACGGCGGCUCCUCCCACCGCGGGGCGGCCUGGACGCUCCCGCCUCCACCGACGAGCCGCUCCCGCCUCCACCCGACGAGCCGAGCCUCCACCCGACGAGCCGCUCCCGCGGCCACCACAGCGCCCCUCGGCCGGGAGAACAACCUGCUCCCCGCUCGAGAAGCCCGCAGGCCCCGGGCUCCGCCCGGCGGGGCGCUCUCGCGGCUGCGCGGCUGUGCCCACCCCGCGCUCACCCACCGGGGCCCCCUGGGCACCCAGUCCUGCCCUCGCCCCAGCUCUCACCACACAACAAAAACCGUGUGCGUGUGCGUCUGUCUCCCCAGCCCCAGGGAGACCCCAGGAGGCAAGGAGCACGCCUCCCCCGCCUCCCAGCACCCAGGGGAACCUGGCUCGGCUCCGCAGACGCUGCCCCGGGCCCGCCAGCCGAGCCGGCCCCUCGCUGCUCCGGAGGCGUCGGGCGCACUGGCAGCCCUGGGCCCGGCUCCCCCGCCGCUCACCCGGGCAGGCCCGCCUGCGGCCUGGGACACAGGACACGUUGUGUGUGUGGGGGGGGGGGUGCGGGGACACUGCAGUCACGAGACCAGGGUCCAAGCCCAGGCUCCUCCGCUCCAGGCCGAGCGGGCGCGCGCGGACCAGAUGCGCACACCUGUGGGGCCUCCUCAGGCAGGACUCAGCAACGCCCGGAGGUCGGGCAGCGGGCGGCCGGCAGCCGGCAGCCGGCAGCGGGCAGGCCCCACCCGCCCCCGGCCUCCAGCCCCCGCACCCAACGCCUCCCAGACCCUCCAUCCGCAGCCCGCUCCACUCCUACCAGGUGCCGAGAGCUCCCCGGACUCGGGGCCCACCCGGCCGCCACCUCUGGGGGUCAAGGGCAGGGGCCGGGGGCCGCGCCCGCCGAAGAAGGGCUGGAAGGGCCGCCAGAAGGCGGCGCCAUCCACGCGGCGAGCCUCGCGCCCCCGGGCGGCCCGGGCGCAGCGCCGCGGCCACCCGUCGGAAGCCGCGGGUCACCUGGCCCAAGCGUCCGUCAGCAUCCGCGGAAACCCGAGCUCCGGGGCAGCGGUCCUCACCUGCGCCUCAUAUUGCUGUGUCCCCCGGCGCGGAGUCCCCCGCCGCCCGGCCGCCGGCCCGCGCUCCGCAGCCCCUGGCGCGGGCGACUGCACCCAGCGCGCAGCCGAGUGCGCCUUGCGGCCGCCGGCUGGGCGGACACAUGGAAGGGCGGGGGCUGCGGCCCUCCAGCCCCACCACUGGGCCGCAGCCUGGGGGUAG